AGCCUGAGGCGGCACCAGCCCUAGCCAAACUCUUCCCUGCAACGUGGGAACCCGGUUCAGGAGCCUACGAUGGUACUGGAAACGGGCUCAAUGGGGCCUCUCUAGGAAAUUGGGAAUUUCACAUAUCGUUAGCACUCAGUUCACGUUUAUUGGUCUAAAAACGAAAGAACCGGAAGAUGCCCUUAAAAAACGUGGCGGUAACCGAGCUUCACGACAGUUGCCUCAAUGGCUCAAGAAACUUGCCAUAGUCUUCGGCCACUCACUGACCGGAGAAGAUGACGCCGUCCGGUCUACUUCGGUUCAUCGGUUUCAGCGCAAUCUGCCCUCAAUUAUAAUGGCGGCGCUGCCAAAUUUGGCUUCUUGCCCCUAGGGAUGAUGGCCGCCAGGCGGCUUCACUUAGCUUCUCACCACCCCGGAAGACGGGGACCGGCGAUUGGGCGGUGCCCCAAGGCUUCAAGAAGAAGGCCCUCGGCGGUUGGGCAGUGCUGGGUAAGGCUAGUUUUAAAGGAGCCGGAGGUGGGAGCCGUCGAAGACCCGGGAUCCGCGGGAGGCGGCGCCCGCCUGGCCGGCAGGGUCUGUGCCGCCAGCCCCUGGCUCGAGCGUUAUGGGGAGCCAGGAGCCCCAAACGGCCGAAGCUGCAGCCCUUCGGGGCCCCGUCGCCCUUGGAAAAAGCUUCUCGGCGAGUCCUGGCCGUGGUCCUGGAAGAUGUCAUGGAUGCCCACAUGGUCCCCCUGGUGCCCCAAGAGGAGAUAUCCACCCCACGGCACCGCAGCAACUGUCAGGAUUCUGUCCGCAGCCAUCCACCUGCCUCGCCACCCCGACAGGCCACGUGGUCCCCACAAGCCAGGCCUCCCGACCCACUGCACUUAUGCCGAGAGCCCCUGAGCCGUGUGCAUCAGUCCCCUUCCACACUGAGGCAUAGAUCAAGGACAACACCUGGCCCAGAGGAGGGCCCUUCACAAAAGGUGGACCAGGCCCCCCAGCCCACUCUGGUGGUGAUGUUAGAGGACAUUGCCAGCUCCAGACCCCCAGCGGAGGGCUUUGCCGAUGAGACUCCCAACUUCACCGUCCCAGCGAGAAGAACUGAGCCAAGGAUGAUGGUUCACCAGCCAAAGCCUCCACCCAGGGACGUGGAACCCCCAUUCCAGCCAUCUGCCCUGUCUGCAAACCCUCUGGAGAGCCCACCACCAGCCCCAGAUCCUGUUCUGGAGCUCCCAUCGACCCCACCGCCAUCCAGCCUUUUACGCCCCCGCCUCAGUCCCUGGGGCUUGGCCCCCCUCUUCCAUUCCGUCCGCUCCAAGCUGGAGAGCUUUGCUGACAUCUUCCUCACACCCAACAAAGCCCCACGGCCCCCGCCCCCGUCACCCCCCAUGAAGUUGGAGUUGAAGAUUGCCAUCUCAGAGGCCGAGCAGUCUGGGGCUGCUGAGGGCACUGCAUCUGUCAGUCCCCGGCCCCCUAUCCGCCAAUGGCGGGCCCAAGACCCGAAUCCCCCAGCACCUCUCCCUAAGCCCUCUCUGGGCCGAAGCCACUCCUGCCCUGAUCUGGGGCCCCCUGGCCCAGAUACCUGCAGCUGGCCCCCUGCUCCACCCCACCCAAGCCGGCCACGGCCUCGGCGGCACACUGUGGGUGGUGGAGAGAUGGCCCGAGCCCCACCACCCCCUCGGCCCUGUCUCCGGAAAGAGGUCUUCCCUCUUGGAGGAGUGGGAGGCUCUCCUCCCCUCAUCACAUCUUGCUCGUCUACCACGUCCACUUCUUCCUUCUCUGAACCUGCAGAACCCAGGUUGAGCUCAACCAAGAGGAAGGAGCCAAGGGCCUCAGAAGACCAGGUGCUUUCAGACCCCAAGACCAAGGUAGAGACCAUGGGAAAGGUUUCUCGAUUCAGAAUACGCAGGACACCGGCCCGUUCUCAACCAAACCUUACACCAAUGGGGCUGCCUCGACCAAUCAGGUUGAACAAGAAGGAGUUCAGCUUGGAAGAAAUUUACACCAACAAGAAUUACCAGUCACCCACAACCAGGAGGACCUUUGAGACCAUCUUUGAGGAACCCCGGGAGCGCAACGGGACUCUGAUUUUCACCAGCUCGAGGAAGCUCCGGCGAACUGUAGAAUUUCGGGACAGUAGUCUUCCUCGAUCCCGGCGGCCAUCUCGCGGGGCCCGGGCUGCAGCUGGCAGGACCCUUACUCCCAAUCUGGCCCCCAACCCAGAUGUAGGACCCCUGCUACAGCAGCGACUGCAGGAGCUGGAUGCCUUGCUCCUGGAGGAGGAGGAAAGGGAUCGAGAGCGGCCCCAUCGGACUUAGAAGCUCCAUCUGUUUGUCCAUCCAUCCUGGAGGGAGGGGAAGUCUCUGAGACAGUUAUAUUUUUUCUCUGUGUUUCCAGUAAAGUUUUCGAUAUGUUUCUGA